CCCAGCCCGUGUGAGUGUGCGCUGCAAUAUUGCGCGAGUUGCUGGCAUCUUUUCAGACUGGGUGUCGUGUGCUCUCGGGUUGCAGCGAACGGCUGGCCGGCAGCCAGGGGGACGUCUAUUUAAAAAAGACAGCCUGCUCGGCAAUAAUCAGUCUCUUUAGAAACUUCUCCAGGGGAAAAGUGUUGGGAGAGCUACAAAGUGGUGGUGCUUUUAUAAUAUUUUUCCCCUUCCUCCUCCUUCCCAUUCGGGCUUUGCAGAGAACCUGACGAUUUGGAAGAGGUGGUGAACGGGAGAAAAGAGGGUUUUUUAAUAUAUACAAAACAAUUCUUGCUUAUCCUUUUUUGAGGGGCUUUUUAACGGGCGACCAUCUACCUGCUCCGUGGCAACCCCGGUCCAUUUGAUGCCUUCAUAGGGAGGACAGGGAGUUCACACUUGGGUGUGAUCUUCACAUUUUUAAAAAACUUUUCUUCUCAAUCUUGGAGCAGAUUUUCCGGUGGUUGCUUUGGGCUGAGCUGUCUUGGGGGCUUUUUUCCCCACUUUUUUAAAAAGGCAGGUGAGCUGGAAUUUGGAAGGUAUUUUGCCAUUCCUCAUUCUCCUUUCACCUGGCCAUUUCGUUUUCUUUGCCCCAAACUGUUGCAAGUCUUGAUUCUCGCAACUGAGAUCGGCUCUCGCAUCAUCUAAAUCUUUCUCUCCAUCACUUAUUUUUUAAACCCUUGGUAGGGAGUGGAAAAAGGAGGAAAGCCCUUGUCUUUUUUCCAAGACAAUAGGUAGCUGGGCCGAUAUUAAGGCUUGGCUCUCCACACACACACCCUGCCCCCAGAGUCUCCCCAGCCCUGCACCGUGCCCCAAGGUAAGGGGGAACUUUAGGAAGAUGGUGCUGCCUACUGUGUUCCUGCUGCUGUCCGCCUGUAUCGGGGCAGCCCAAGGCCUGGGUUCUUUCGUGCACUGCGAAGCGUGCGACGAGAAAGCCCUAUCCAUGUGCCCCCCGAGUCCUCUGGGCUGCGAGCUGGUCAAGGAGCCUGGCUGCGGCUGCUGCAUGACCUGCGCGCUGAACGAGGGGCAGUCGUGCGGGGUGUACACCGAGCGCUGCGCCCAAGGGCUCCGCUGCCUCCCCCGACAGGACGAGGAGAAGCCCCUGCACGCCCUCCUGCACGGACGUGGGGUCUGCCUCAACGAAAAGAGCUACCGGGAACAAGCCAAGAUCGAGAGGGAAUCCCGAGAACAUGAGGAACCAACCACUUCAGAGAUGGCUGAGGAGACCUACUCGCCAAAAGUUUUCCGGCCCAAGCACGUUCACCUCUCUGAGAUGAAGGCUGAAGCCCUGAAGAAAGACCGCAGGAAGAAGCUGACUCAGUCCAAAUUUGUUGGAGCUGCUGAGAAUACUGCCCAGUCCCGGGUCAUCUCCGUCCCUGAGAUGAGACAGGAGUCUGAACAAGGCCCCUGCCGCAGACACAUGGAAGCUUCCCUUCAAGAGCUCAAAACCAGUCCUCGUAUGGUGCCUCGAACUGUUUACCUUCCCAACUGUGACCGUAAAGGCUUUUACAAGAGGAAACAGUGCAAGCCAUCUCGGGGCCGCAAACGUGGCAUUUGCUGGUGUGUGGACAAGUAUGGGAUGAAGCUACCAGGGAUGGAAUAUGUCGAUGGAGAUUUCCAGUGUCACAAUUUUGACAGCAGCAAUGUUGAGUGAUGCAUCUGUCCCAUCCCUCUUCCCUUUCCCCUUUUCCUUUUCCCCACCACCUGCCCCUUUCCCACUCCAGCCAGUGCCCCUCUCCACCCCGAGGAUGCCACUCAUUUCAUCUCAUUUAAGGGAAAAAAUUAUUUGAAGAAACUGAGGACCUCGGAAUCUUUAGCAAGUUCUCAACCUUUUUUUUAAGCAACAACAACAGAGACAGAAUAAUCCAAGAAGACACCCCCUUUUUUUUGGGUUGAUAGGGGGAAGAAUGGGAUGGUAAAAGGAGAAUGAACGGAGAAGGGAAGAGAGGAAGAGAGCAUGUAUGCAAGAGAAUCAUUAAGAAGGACACAAAAAGUAAAGAAAAGCAAGAAAGAAAAGAGAAGUAAUUAGCAACCUGUCUCAGCCCACAUCCUGCUACCAAGAAGGACCCUUAGCUGGGAAACAAUUUUACCUGGGGAGGAUCUGGGUUAUUAGGUGGGAUCCAAUGGCUUGUUGAGGGUGUUUUCAGUUUGGUUUGAUAGAAAGAGGAAAGAGAAGAAAUGGCAAAAGGCAAAACAGGGAUCUGCUGUCCUGUGUCUCCUCCAGUCAGCUCCCAAGGCCUCAUCAGGCCUCGCAUUCCUCUGCCCUCACCCCUGAAUUCUUCCAAGGUUUGUCUAAAAAUGAAAAUGCAUUCCAUUCCUGUUUUUUUUUUUUAAUCCAAACUUCAGAGUGAUCCUAGCUAGGUAGGAUUUUCUGGACAGACAUAUAUUGACACAUUAUAUGCAUGAAUGUCUGUGUGUAUCUUUCAGUCCCCACACAGACAUAACCAGUCAUGACUAUAUGCACAGCCUUGGAAAAUGCCUUUUCUUCCAAGGUGACUGAAAUAAUGCCAAGGGUGUGGAUAUGGAUUUUUUUUUCAAUUCUUAGUGUAGCCUCCAUAGGGUAAAGAUAGACUGGCAAAGCAUUUGUGUGGGCUUGUAUUUAUCCACAAGGCUAUAUGUCUACAUAUAGUGAUGUAUACUUUUAUGUCUUUUUUUCUCUUUUCUCUCUGUCUUUCCUCUCUCUAAAUGGUUUGCAUUGAAUUUCCAAAAGUAGCUUCAAUGGGCCCAGAGGAAUCUUCUCUCAGUAUGGCAAAGCCAAGAAAAGCCCAGAUUUAUUUUUCCCUAACAUAAACCAAAAUACCAGCAUCAUCCAACUGCCAUUUGGGGGUCUUUCCCAAACAGAAAGCUCAAGCAUGUACUCUCUGUGGAGUUAGAAGAGAGACCCGUCGGCAUUUUGCAUCAAUGCUUUCCCAUGACACUGUGUGUCUGAAUGGGCAUGAACCCAGGCAUUCCCUGCCUGUAUCCACACAGACAUGCCCUUCUCUCCCCCACACGUCCCAUUUUUAUUUCUCAAAGUCCUGCAGAAAUAACCCUCUGGCUUUCACAUGAAGCCGAGUUAUGCCCGUUAGCUCACAACCAUAACCCAAGCCACAGGUUAUGAGAUGGCCAUUUGUGGUUUUCCAGUCUUUGGGUUUCAACUGGAUGGAGAUUGUGUUUUGAAACCCUCUUUCUCAGCCUUCACCUUGGAAGAGGGAGAAAGUGGUUGAAAUGAGAAGUAGCUAAGAGGGAGAAAAGUGGGGAAGGUCUAGAUCAGAACUUCAGAUUAAUUCUGUCCCUGUUGGAAAAGUAAUUCACAAGGUCCUUCCCAGUGCCUUGAAAGUGGAUAGACAGAUAGCACCUACAUGCCUGUCCCAUUCCAGCUCCAGAGCAUAACGAGGACAGAGACUCCCCAGAUUUCCCUCCCUACCCCAGAAGCCAGGAGAAAAAAAAAAAAGGAAAUACACUGUCCCAGCCUAGGAGACUUUGCUUUCCAAAGGAGAGCUAGACUCUGGCUAUACUGAGCCAGAAGGUUUGAAAAAGGAGGAGAUACCAGGAGAGAGGAAGGACAGAAUAUGGCUUAAAUAGGUACCCAAAAUGGAUGAAAGCUGGAAAAAAGCUGGAGAGUCAGAAGAGAUGAGAGGGGGUGGGGUACCCCUGUGGUGCUUUGGUUUGAAGGGACAAAACUGCUAAGAAGCUCCCUUCAGACUCCAAUAAUCCCUGCCUCCCCUGUGGUGGAGCAGGUUUGGGGCCAAAGCGUCUUUCUUUCAGUCUCUGAUUCCACUCUGGUCAGUUACUUCUUCCUUCCUCAGAAGGGAGGGACAGGAUGAUGCCAGGGCAGUUUUGGCUGGCAUGGGUCAUUUGGGCUGGUAAUAACAAGAAUUCUGACUCAGCUCUCCCUCCCUCCUUCCUCUUCUGCUACAGGAAUGGGAAAGGAUGUUGUUCUUCCUUCGUGCAUGGGGUAGUUUUGAGGCUAAAUGCUGAUCAGAAGGAGACAAGGAAGGGGGCAUGGACACUGGCAGAGAAUCUAUUCCUUUAUGGAUAAAUCCCUUCAAAACACAUACCUUUACCCGGUGUCACAAUCCCAAGGAGAGCCACCUCAAUCUGGGGAGAAUAUAACAAACAGGGAAGGGAACAUCCAAGCACAUAGAAUAUAAGGAAUAAUCUAAAAGGAGUGGACUUAAUUCCUACAUCCCCCCCAGUAGAACAUUUGGCAUGGGAGAGGAGAGGGAAAUAAAUAUUCUUGAGACAAAGGGCCAGAAGGGGAGGGCAGCAACAGAGCCACAUCUGGGCUUUCUCUGUCUGCCUACUCCAUCUCUCUGCACCAAUCCUUAUUCCCACCCACCCCACCCCUAGACAUUCCCCACAUCUACAUAGGCCAGUAUCUUUAAUCCUUCCUCAAGUUGUUCUCUAGUUUCUAUAUGUAUGUCUCUGUCUGUGUGUGUGUCUCUAUCUCUCUGUCUCUAUCUAUCUAUCUCUAUCUCUUUCUCUCUCUCCCUGGAUCUUGAGCAAUCCAUCAGUCUGGGAUUUGCUAAGCAGAUGCGGGGGUGCCAUUUCCCCUAAGACAAGACUGAGCCAGGAAUCUCACCUCUGUCUUUUCAUUUUCUACCCCCCUCCGCUCCCCUAUCUCCAUUUUCCUUAAUGCAUUUUCUCUCUUUUUCUUUUUUUCUGUCCUCUUUUUUUUCUCUUCUUUCUCCUACCCCCUUGCUUCAUUAUCCCAAUGUCUUGUCCCGUUGAAUAGAAUGCUCCCCCACCCUUGUCAUCCUCUACUCCAUCCCUAGAGAUUAGACAUAAACUUAUUCCAGGUUUCACAAGUGAGCACUGGAAGUUGUUAAAUUAAUGAGGAUAUUUACUAUAGGAAGGGGAAGUCAAUGCACUGUUCAAAGUCCAAAUUAAAGGGAAUCUUUUUUUUUAGCUCCACAAAGGAAAUCGAGGCCAUCCCAAUCUCUUCCAUCUUUCCCAAUCCCCUCCGUCCACUUCUGUAGGUUGUUUUUAAAAUCAAACCCACCAGAAUCUUGGGGAUAGAUUUGCAGGGAUGGGGGCAGCUUAGCCCAAAUCUACUGACCCAAACCCUAGUUAUCCCAUUGGGGUAUCUAGCUCUUAGAGACUGUAUGACGAUGUUUCUGUGAAGCUGUUUAUUCCUCAAAGGUGGUCACAAUUUCUGGGACCUAAACUGAGUGUCCCAAACCAAUACCCUGACCUGAGCCUAGGGAAGGUGGAUUGAGAAAUAAUAAAGAGGGGACAGACAGGGGCAUUGCUGUCACCCCUUGGACCCAUUGCCCCUGAUAGGAAGGGUAGUUAGGGAAGACAGGUCUGAAAUGACACAGGAGUUCCUAGCUCCUAUGAAAUCUUCAUCUCUAGUUCCUGAGGUUGGCCAUUUGCCAAGCCUUUGUUCAUCCCUGAUGCUCUAGGCUCUGGGUUAUCAGGGCAUCCUACCAGCCUCCUUCUAGGCCUUGCUUAGGAAGGUUUCUGGUCCAUCCCCUCCUUCUUCACUCUUCUUGGAAGUAGAGGAACUCCCUCCAUAUUCUUCCUGCCUCAGCCACUUCAGUAAGGGAUGAUGGGUCUGAGCCAACCUUCAUUCCCACCACCCCCACCUCCAUCCCCAAGGCAAUAGGGGAGUUUGGAAAGAAAUGAACCCUGAUGCAUAUACAUAGCUUAAACUGACAGCCAGGUCUAUACAAGACUGGAGACAUUCAUCCCUAAGAGGGAGAAGGUGGGGAGAGAGAUCUCACCAGGUCCUCAGUCCAUGCCCCACUUCUUCCCCAUUCCUGCCCAAGCAAGUCUCCGUGGUGAUGGAGAUGCCGAGCUGAUCCACUCCCAUCCCAGCCAGGUCAAUAAUCAUGGCAAGCAGCCUCCACUGGUUACCACAGCUACACCCAAAUCCUGAGGAGAGAGUAGUCUUCUCCCUCACCCUUAGCAUUAACUCUGAAUAGGUACAGUUCAAAGGUUAGCAACUCAUUAGCUUAGUGGGCCAAUAGAAGGGACCUUUGGUACCUCAGACAGGUUUUUGGUGUGCUAGAUGUGAUGUUUGAGAAAGGAGAGUUCUGAAAUGGGAGGGACUGGGGAUGGGACAAGGAGAGAAGGGUUUCCACCAACCAGCAACCUGGGCCUUAUCCUGCCCUCGUUUGUUUGUUUGAAAAACAAAACAAAACCACUAGUGUGCAAGGCUUUAUAUUGCACUAUCUCUCAACUGCUUUCUUAUUAUUUUUUUAUUUCUUUAAAAAAACUUUCUUGACUUUCUAAUAGAGUGUGUCCUUAAGUCAUUCUUCAUAGGCUCCAAUCCUCCCUCUCUCUUUUUCUCUCUCCAGACCUGCAGAGGGGAAUUGGGGUGGGGGUCAGGGGCUGAUGGGGCAGAGGUAGGAGAGGUGAGGGGGAAGGGGCUACCUUAUAGUUGUGUGCCCCACAUCCUAGCCUUCCCCAGCCCCUGAUCAUUAGCAUGAGCCCUAUAUCUCCUCCUCCCAGCACCACCACCUAGGCAACUAUAUGGAUAGUGACAGUUAUCAGACAACGCACCCUCAGAUUCCGAGACUCCAACCUGGUUCUUUUUUUUAAGAUAGCAAUAACCACGACACAUUUUACUUUAAUUCUUGAUAGCUUUUUACAUACGUACCAUAGCUCUGUUCUCUCUUCUUUUUUUCCAAUUUUUUAAAAUAAAGAAAUAUUCAUAAUCUUUACCAGUGAAAAGGAUGGAAACGUGAAACGAACAAAAAAAAAGCUCAGUGUGUGGAAAAUAAAAACGAAACGAAACAAAACAAAACAAAAAAAAACCUGAAUGUGGAAGAGCUUAGCUCCUGUUUAGCAUUUUGUACUUAAGAAAAUAAAAAACAAAGGAUCUCACAUUUUAUUAAAAAAGUGAAGAUUGCUGUAUACUAUUUAUUCAACUUAUAAUUUAUGUUACUCUUUGAUCUUUGUCUUUUGUCAUGACAAAGCAUUUAUUUAAUAAAGUUAUGCAUUCAGUUA